AUGCAGAACUUUCUUCAAGGUCUCGAUCGCAGAGAAAUGGAAACAUUAGUUAGGCGACGUGAUGUUGAAGAGUGGAUGAGACACAAGAAUUUACCAGAAAACCUACGAAGAAAAGUUCGAGAGUCGGAGUAUUUUAAUGGGGCUGCUACCCAAGGGAUUGAUGGAGAAAUGCUAAUGCAGAAUUUACCUGUAGACUUGCAAAGAGAUGUUCGCCAUCACCUCUUUAAGUUUUUCAAGAAAGUCCGGAUUUUUGCGUAUAUGGAUGAACCACUUUUAGAUGCAAUAUAUGAAAGGUUAAGGAAAAAGACAUACAUUAAAGGAGGCAAAGUUUUAUAUAUAGGUGGGGUUGUGACGAAAAUGGUUUUUAUUGCAAGAGGGAAGCUGGAGAGCAUAGUAGAAAAUGGGAAUAAAGUUCCAUUGUCAGAAGGCGAUGUAUGCGGUGAAGAACUUCUCAUAUCGUACUUCGAACAUUUCUUUGGUAAUGGAAAAAGAUUGAUUAGCAACAGAACGGUGAAAUGCUUAUCGAAUGUGGAGGCAUAUGUUAUUUUGCCUGCAGAACUUGAUGAAGUAACCAACCUUUUUUGUGAAUACUUCAGGAAUCCUCGUGUUCAGCAUGCCAUAAGGAACCAAUCCCCAUACUGGCGAAGCAGGGCAGCAUACACUAUCCAGGUGGCAUGGAGAUGGUAUAAGAAGCGCCAACGUUGUGCAAAAACCUAA